UGGCCGGCGGCCGUUGGGUCAGUGGCCAGCUGACCACCGGGUCCCACCAAGUCGGCACUCCCAGCUGACCCAAAUGCCGCAGGCCCGUGCGCCGCCGCCACGCACCUGAGCAUGGCGGCCGCGCGGCAAGCGGCGGGCGCCUCCGGCAGCCACCACCAGCACCCGGUGCAGCACGCGCACCUCGCGGCGCUCCUCAACCCGACCCCGCGCACGCCGCCCCUCCCGUCCCCGCUCCGCCGGCGCCACCUCCCGCUCUCGCCCCAGGCCGCCUCCCGCCUCGCGGCCUCCUUCCCGCCGUUGCCGCUCCUCCUCGCCCUGCUCUCGGCGCUCCGCCUCCUCCCGUCCCCGCCACCACCGCGGCCCUUCGAUGCGCUCAUCAGGGCCUACGCCUCCCUCCCCUCCCCGUCCCUCGCCGCCGCAGCGCUCGCGUUCGCCAGGUCGGCGGGCUACGCCCCCUCCCUCCCCGCCUACAACGCCGUGCUCCUCGCGCUCUCCGACGCCUCGCUCGCCUCCGCGCGGCGCUUCCUCGAGGGCUCCAUGCUCCGAGCCGGCGUGGCCCCCAACGUGUACACCUACAACAUCCUCGUCCGCGCGCUCUGCGCCCGCGGCCGCCGAGAGGAGGCGCUCGCCGCCGUCGUGGACGGCGACAUGCGCGCCGCGGGGUGCGCGCCCAACGCCGUCACCUACAACACGCUCGUCGCCGCGUUCUGCAGGGCCGGGGACGUGGGCGGUGCGGAGAGGCUCGUCGCCGCGAUGCGUGAGGCCGGCGUGAGGCCGAGCCUGGUGACGUUCAACACGGUGGUGAACGGGAUGUGCAAGGCGGGGAGGAUGGAGGACGCCCGCAAGGUGUUCGACGGAAUGGCGAGGGAGGGAUUGGCCCCCGAUGGGGUCAGUUAUAACACCUUGGUGAGUGGGUACUGCAAGUCAGGCUGCCUGCAUGAGGCACUGACGGUGUUCUCGGAGAUGUCUCAGAAAGGGGUCGCGCCAGAUGUUGUGACGUUCACGUCGCUUAUCCACGCGAUGUGCAGUGCUGGGAACUUGGAGCGGGCAGUUGCCCUGGUGGGGCAGAUGAAGGAGAGGGGCCUCCGGAUGAAUGAGAUCGCUUUCACAGCACUGAUAGACGGGUUCUGCAAGAACGGGUUCUUGGAUGACGCAUUGCUCGCAGUGAAGGAGAUGAGGGAGUGCAGGAUCAAGCCUUCGGUAGUGUGCUACAAUGCGCUUAUCAAUGGUUACUGCAAGUUAGGAAGAAUGGAAGAAGCGGGGCAGUUAGUCGAUGAAAUGGAGGCUAAAGGAGUGAAGCCUGACGUCGUUACAUAUAGUACAAUUCUCAGUGGGUACUGUAAGAUUGGUGAUACAGAUUCUGCAUUUGAAUUGAACCGGAAAAUGGUGAAAAAAGGUGUGGUUCCAGAUGCAAUCACCUACUCAUCGCUCAUAAGGGGUCUUUGCGAGGAGAAAAAACUUGGUGAUGCAUGUGAACUCUUUGAGAAGAUGCUUCAACUCGGCCUACAGCCUGAUGAAUUUACUUAUACAACGCUGAUUGAUGGCCAUUGCAAGGAGGGGGAUGUUGAGAAAGCUCUUUCUCUGCACGAUGAGAUGAUAAAGAAAGGAGUUCUCCCUGAUGUUGUGACAUACAGUGUGCUUAUAGAUGGGCUUAGCAAGUCAGCACGUACAAAGGAAGCACAACGGUUACUCUUUAAGCUGUACUACGAAGACCCUGUUCCAGACAAUAUUAAAUAUGAGGCCCUGAUGCGUUGUUGCAGGAAAGCUGAGUUUAAGAGCGUGGUGGCUCUUCUUAAGGGAUUUUCCAUGAAAGGCUUGAUGAAUGAAGCUGACAAAGUUUACCAGUCAAUGUUGGACAGAGAUUGGAAGCUGGAUGGUUCAGUGUAUGGUGUACUCAUUCAUGGGCAUUGUCGGGGAGGAAAUGUUCUGAAGGCUCUCAACUUCCAUAAGAAAAUGCUGCAGUGUGGUUUUCCUCCUAAUUCAACAAGCACCAUUUCAUUGGUUAGGGGCCUAUUUGAAGAGGGGAUGACUGUCGAAGCGGAUACCGUGAUUCAGGAGUUGCUGAAUUGCUGUUCGCUAGCAGAUGCAGAAACAUCGAAGGCUCUUAUUGAUCUCAAUCGGAAAGAAGGUAACGUGGACGCUGUGGUUGAUGUCCUCCGUGGCAUGACAAGGGAUGGGCUACUUCCAAGCUCAGGGUGAAUUGUGAAUGAAGAACAUAAGUGCCCAAGGGAGCUGCUUAUGUUCCACCAACACCAAGGCACUUGAGAGAAAAAACGAACUGUGGAACAGGGAUAAUGAAAACUGGCAAUCAUGAGUCAUACAACACUGUCAAAUGGGGUGUUGAAGGUUUCUAAUACCAUUUUGUGUAAUCUCUACCGCUACCAAUGAAAAAGCUUUGCACAUGAUGUGCUUGCUGCUCAUGGGAAUGAGGAGCACGAAGAAAAAGGGAUAGUAACUGCCGGUUCAAGUAUGCAUGCAGUUUGAACCUAUCAUUUAGGGAUGCAAGCGGGAGCCUGCAUAAACCCAUAUGUAAGUGUAGUAAAAGAUAACCUAGUGUAUUUUUUUAGAUUAACAUAGAAUUGACUUUUGAUAUACUUGUAUGUGGGCUUCACAACUUGCUUGCAUCUUUACCUAUCAGGUAUGUAUGUAUGUGUUUAAAUACCAUUUAUUUCAGAAGUAAUUACUAACGAUUUACAACUUCACAUCAAGUAGUAUUUUUGUCACCUCUAGCGACUUGAUUUAUAUUCUCUACAAGGAAGCAGAUUUAACACCUAGUUAGCUUCUGAAGAAGUCACCUAACCCAGUUACAUAGUAACUAUACGAUGCUACAAGGAGCUUCUUCCAAGUGUCUUUUCUUAGGACGUUAUAGAUUCCUAUAUUCUAGACCCAUAUAAUAAUUGUGACAUGAGUAAACUACAAAAAGCCACCACUUCUGGAAACCUUGUUACACGCGAUUAUUGCUAUUUUUCUUCUGCGCGAAACCACCAUGUUUGAGGCAUGGUGUUACUAGUUACCAAAAUGGCCGGUUCAAAGCUCUGAUGGAAUGCAACCAGUCAGCCUGACAUGUCAACGCUUAUCUGGUGGCUAGCCCUGAAGAUUCUCCUACUCAGAUAUUAGAAUCACAUGAUGAAUAGUUGGAUACAACUAUUAUCCAAGUUUUUCUUUGUUAGUUAUUACAAUAAUUAAAAUCACACAAAUACAACUCUAUUUUUAAAUACAGAUGCAUGUAGCUGGGUGAGAAUGUUGAUUUACAUCGGGGUAUCUGCACAUAACACCAUGUAAGUCAAGUAUGUGUGCACUAGUCUCUUUUACUCUGACCCAUUC